UUUAUUAAAUUUCCUUCCAUUUAGUAAAUGCAUAAUUGGUUAUAAAAACGAAAACUUAUAAUGGCAUGCGUAAAACUAUCUAAUGGAUUGCAAAUAUUGAGCCGUAAUACUGCUCAGCGAGCUCUGAGCUCGUCCAUAGCCCAAGUCUCUCGCAACUAUAGCAAUACUCGCGGUGAUAUUGAAGAAACCACACACACUGGACAAGUUUUCGAUAAGGAUGACUACCGUAAUGUACGUUUUGUCAAUGCUAGACGUUAUGUGAAUGAAAAUUGGGGUAUCAAAUUGAUUGAUGAGGUACCACCAAUAGAAGUUACAGAACGUGUGGUUUAUUGUGAUGGUGGUGAUGCCAACUUGGGUCAUCCUAAAAUUUACAUCAAUUUAGAUAAGCCUGGCCCUCAGAUUUGUGGUUAUUGCGGACUUCGAUUCGUAAAAAAAGAUGGACACCAUCAUUAAACUACGAGUUGUGCAUAGUUAAAAGUUGAAAAUGGUUGGAUUGUAUUAAUUCGUAUAUGAGAAUAAAUGUUUUGAAACCUUAA